AUGUAUUUCAUGGGAUACUCCAAAUGGCUUUUGAUCUCUAGCAGACUAGUGGCAGGUGUUGGUACAGGUGCUGGUUCGUCCAUCUUCGGCUUCAUGGGUCGAUGCACAGCCCACGAGGACCGCUCCACCGUAUUCGCAUCGGUCAUGGCGUGCCGACAGAUUGGCCUAAUGAUUGCUGGUCGUGGUCUUCAUGUUCUGGGACCUCCCUCCCCGGGAGGAGCUGGUGGGGGAGGGAGCCGAGGGGGCGGGAGCUGUGGGAGCCGAGGGGGCGGGAGCCGCGGAGGCGGGAACUGUGGAGGAGGGAGCAGUGGGGGAGCCGGGAGGGAGCAGUGGGGGGAGCGUGGGGGAGGGGGGAGGGAGCUGUGGGAGGAGCCGAGGGGGGGCGUGGGGGGAGGGAGCCGUGGGAGGAGCGUGGGGGAGGGAGCCGUGGGAGGAGCCGAGGGGGAGCCUGGGGGAGGGAGCCUGUGGGGUGGGAGGAGCCUGGGGGAGGGGGCCUGUGGGGAGGGAGCUGUGGGGGGAGCCUGGGGGGAGGGAGCCGGGGAGGGGAAGCCCUUGCUCGGGCAACGCCCAGACAUCCUGGGGUCCUACGGCUCGGUGGUGACCCCGGACCCUCCUAGGUCAACUGCUAACCCGGCCAAGUCCAACCUGCCUCACGUCUCUCCUACCCCCUCACCCCCACUCGAAGGGGUGGGUGACUCUAGCUCUGCGAGUUUCAGUAUGAGCCGAGAGUUCCUAAGGGAGGAGGUGGUUGUGCUGUUCACAGCUCACUUCGUCAUACUGUUUAACCAGACAGCACUGGAGACCGUCGUGACGCCGUUGACCCAGCAGUACUUUAACUUCGGGGAGUUGGAGAACAGCAUCAUUUACUGCAUCUGUAGUGUGGAGGUGAUCACAGGCUUCCUGUUUGUCCACUGGCUGUGCCGCCGUACGUCCGAGAGGGUGGUGCUGGCCGUGGGCCUUAUCCUGUGCCACAUCUCCUGCGUAUGGUGCCUCAUCUUCCUGGCCAACCCACAAGGUAAUUUCGCCUGGCAGUUAGCAGAGUUCAUCAUUGGGGUGUUCCUGCAGAUUUCGGGGCUACCCUUUGUUGCUGUGGCCCAGGUGUGUCUCUUCUCCAAAAUCACUUCGCUAAAGUCUCAAGGGUUGAGCCAGGGGGUGCGUCGCUCUGUGGGGGGUCUGGCCACUAUCUUGGGCCCCCUAUGGGGGGGUGGUUUGACAGGACACAUGUACAUCAUGCUGGGGUUGAUGAUGGCUCUACUGGCCCUGUUCGCGAUCAUUUUCUCCUUCUCCUAUCCUCGUCUGGUGGCUCCCACUGUGGAGGACCAUUCGGAAUGCUUGGAGGAGUGUGACAAAUGCGGGGGUUUGCGAGUGUGAAGCAAGUCUCUUCCUACCCUGAAUUCAUCUCAGGACAUGUGCUUCCUCAAUCUCUGAAGACUCACAUACGUUGCGCACACACACCGUACAAGAUGACUGUAGAGCCUGUACUAGAUGAAUGUAGUUCUGCAAAUAUAGUAUCAAAAUGGAAACUAAAUACUUUGGAAUUAGGUGUAAUGUACAAACAUUUUAUAAAGUUGUUGGUUAUGCACAAAACAUCACAACUUUGUAAAAGUGUUUCUGAUUUCUAUAGCUCAUAACCUAAUCACAUUUCACAUGAUUGUACCACUGACCUGAAAUACUUUCAAACAUUGACUCCGACAAAGAUUUUAUAGGAAAUGAACAGAUCAGCUUUUUUUUUCUGAGACAUAUCGUCAAAGCAUUAAUACCUCACCCCCACACACUGCCCAGCGUUUUCAGCUGACUGAAAUGUAUGAAUGCAUUUUUGGUUUUGUUUGAUGGCUGAAUGUGAUUAUGAAAUGCAGUGCCCUUUUUGAACACUCGUGGGGGCCCUUACCCUUUUAUUUCCUUUACUGUGGUGUUACUGAAGACUGUGGCAGAGCCUCCAGUAGAUAGCUAUCCUGGUCCUAGAUCCAUUUGUGGUCUUGAUGACGCCAUUGCUGUCGACGUUAAGCCAAACUGUUUACAGUGACUAGGAGUUGGCUCGAUGGCACGAACAGACUGGCAAUCUGGCAACAAAAUAGCCCAAGAGAACAUGUUUAUGAAAAUCACACUUUUUUUCCACAGAAUGAGGGCAAGGGGAAAUACUAGAUGUAACAAAACAAUAAUGGCUUUAUGAAUGGAGUCAUGUUUAAGUUGUACUGUUCUGGAAUUCUUGUGACAUGGCUGUAAAGAUGAAUAUGGCUCAAUGUAAAUCCACUAUUUUUGCACUUGAGGUAUUAUAUUUUGGUCAGCACAACCUGUUCUAUAACCACUUAGUUAAUGAAUUUAGUCUUCCCUUUGAGUAUAGCUGUUUUUUUUUAUCCAGCGGUGUCUCAAUUUGUAAAGGAUAUGCUAAUUGUUAUAGUUAACAUUUAGCUUUCUAUUCGAGACAUUUUUCAGUACUCUUUGGUAUACUUUAGUUCCAUAUGAUUUGAACACACUUCCGCAUAGCUUGUUGUCAUGGUUCCUAAUGUGUUGUACUAUUUGUGUGGUUACUAACGGGGAAGUCUAAAACGUAGAUGAAAUAUUUUGUUUGAAAGCUAUUUGAAUAAUGUUCUAGUACAUUUAUUACCUACCAUUGCUAAACCAAGUUUGUCAAAUGUGUUCAAUCAAAAUGAAAACGGUACACUAGUUUCUGCAACACUGUGUACAUGUACAACCAAGCCCAGCCUGAUACAACAGUAUAUUGUGUGUUUUUUGACCAUUUUACAAAGAAAUGUCAUUAAUAAUAAAAAUAAAAUUUUGCCAGUG